GCAUACUUUUUGUCAAAAAAAAUGAAAAAAAUAGGACAAAUGGGCAAAGAAGUCUCCCAACAACAGCAACACUUCUUUUCUUCUUUAACAACCCUCCCAAGACCACCUUAGCUUCACCCUCUUGUUUCUCAAGAGUUCAUUCAUCUCUCCGCCAUGGCCCUGCAAGAAAAAAAGAACUCCCUGCAUUUAUGCAACGAAUGGGUAUUUCGGGAUGUUCCUAGUGACAUUACAGUAGAAGUUGAUGGUGCCAUCUUCUCACUACACAAGUUUCCAUUGGUGUCGAAGAGCGGGACGAUACGAAAACUGGUAACAGACCAGAGGGAUUCAUCAGACACAUCGAGAAUUGAGCUGGUGAACUUACCUGGCGGAGCUGAGUACUUUGAACUGGCGGCAAAGUUCUGCUACGGCGUCAACUUCGAGAUAACCCCGUCAAACGUGGCCCACCUCUGCUGCGUCUCGGAGUACCUACAGAUGACGGACGCGUACUCGAGCGGCAGCCUGUCGUCCCGAGCCCACGAGUACCUCGAGUGCGCCGUUUACCGGAGCCUCGAGAUGUGCGUGGAGGUUCUCCGGCAGUGCGAGAGCCUCCUCCCGCUAGCGGACGACCUCGGGGUGGUCCCGCGCUGCGUCGACGCCAUAGCCUCGAAGGCGUGCGCCGAGCAGAUCGCCUCGAGUUUCUCGAGGCUCGAGUACAGCGGGUCGGGUCGGCUCAACAUGACCCGACCCGCCAGCUCCGAGGGGGACUGGUGGAUCGAGGACCUCUCGGCACUCCGUGUCGAUUUCUACCAAAGAGUGGUAUCGGCCAUGAAGUGCCGUGGGGUCCGGCCCGAGAGCAUCGCGGCGUCUUUGAUGAGCUACGCGCAUAGAGAGCUCGACAAGAAGAGCCCGAGCGAGCACGAGAGGCUCGUCGUGGAGGCGAUCGUCGAGCUAAUGCCGGACGAGAAAUGUGCGGUCCCCAUCGGGUUUCUCUUCGGGCUGCUGAGGAGCGGGGUGGUGCUCGAUUGCGCCGCGGCAUGCCGGUUUGACCUUGAGAGAAGGAUUGGGUCUGUCCUGGACAUGGCCAGCCUGGAUGAUCUGUUGAUCCCUUCCUUUCGCCACGCUGGCGACACGCUGUUCGAGGUCGACACUGUUCAUAGGAUUUUGGUCAGUUUCUCCCACCAGCGGCGCGACGGCGACCAGAGCGAUGAUGAGGACGAAGAAGAUUUGGACGGCAGGUCGUCGUCGGCCGUCUUUGAUGAGUCUGACACUCCCCUCUCUUUGCCCUCCCAGACCUCACUCUCCAAAGUCUCCAAACUUGUGGACAGUUACCUUGCAGAGAUUGCACCAGAUGCCAACUUGAAGCUCAGCAAGUUCAUAGCCAUAGCAGAAACUUUACCGACACAUGCUCGGACCCUCCACGAUGGUCUCUAUCGAGCCAUCGAUGUUUAUCUCAAGGCUCACCAAGGGCUAUCAGAUCAAGACAAGAGGAGACUGUGCCAGAUGUUAGAUUUCCAAAAGCUGUCGCCUGAAGCCGGGGCCCACGCCGCGCAAAACGAGCGCCUCCCGCUCCAAUCCAUCGUCCAAGUGCUUUACUUCGAGCAGUUGAGGCUGCGGAACUCCGUGUUUAGCCCGUACCCGGAUGACGAUCCAAAGCAGCCGCACCAGUCAUGGAACAUCAAUGGGGGAGCUCUCAGUGCUGCAAUGCUGUCACCCAAGGACAACUAUGCUUCCCUCAGGAGGGAAAACAGGGAGUUGAAGCUUGAGCUGGCGAGGAUGAGGAUGAGACUGAAUGAUCUGGAGAAGGAGCAUGUUUUCAUGAAGAGGAAUAUGGGGAAGUCGAACUCCGGGCAAUUCGUGAGUUCGCUUUCCAAAAAGAUUGGUAGAAUCAACCUUUUUGGACUCAGUUCUUCGCGGGGAUCGACUUCUCCUUUGAAGCUGUCGCAGAGAACUGAUUCCAAGCAAAGGGUGUGAGUGGUGAAAUCCAUGUAUAAACAUUAGCGAUUGUAUGUAAAUUGUGUAGAAUUGUGAGUUUGGCAGGAGUGCGUUUGGAUGAAAUGAAUGUGCCAAAUAGAAAAACAAUGUGCUUGGUAACAUUCAUUUCAGCCAAAUAUGAAAGUCAAAUGGAACAUAAAACUGUUCCAGCUUGCUCUCCCAUUUACCUUGUUAUAGUUCAUGUGCUGUAUAUUGGUUGGCAGAUAUUUGCAUUUAGCAAUUGCAAUGUCCCUUUUGAUGUAUUUAUAGAUUAUAGAUGUUUUGCAAUUCAGUAAAUGUGGUGUUCUUUAAGAAAAACAAAGGUCAUGU